AUGGCCUUGCCGGCCGGAGACGGACGACGACGUGAGGGCGACAGUGGACGAGGCCAGCCUGGGCCGGGAGGGGCGGCGGCGGCGGCGGCGGCGGCGGCGGCAGAGGUGGCAGUGGAAGGAGAAGGAGCAGAAGAAGCUGGGGCCGCUGCUGGAGAUGCAGGCUUCAUGCUUCACUGGAACCAAGAAGGCCUUGGCGCCCGUCGCCAUGUCUGGGAGAAUGUGCACCAGCUUCAGCAGCCGGGUUUCCGCUGUCUAAGAGGCACCUGGGGUGUGCAGCCUGUGCCACGGCUGAAGGGCAAAAGUGGCACCAGCAACAGGUUCGCCCACUGGCAGCUACGGGAACUGGAGCUUGUUUUCCAGCGAACUCACUACCUCUGUGCAGGACUCAGAAAACGGCUGGCAGCGUAUCUGGGUGUGUGUGAAGCCAAAGUGCAUAAUUGGUUUAAAAAGAAGAGAGCACAGUAUAGGAAAUACCAUAAUGCAUAA